GCAUACGUAGGUAGCUGUGCAUUCGUUCGCUGGCUCAUCCAUUUUUUUUCUCCGUUCAUUUUCGUCCUCCUUCCCCCCCCCCUGAGCUCCUGAGGCUGAGCCGGGCGGCAUGUGGGUCGUGAAUACGAGGUUCAGGGGUCGUAGCGCCGGCAUGUCCAGUUAUUUCGCGCCUUGGGAGGAGCAGGUUGGAUAUUUCGGGACGAGACGGUUCUCGAUCCUGGAUCUUGCCCAGGACUGGCCAAGCUUUCCCCUUCUAGAAGCCUUGAUUUAUUGUCUUAUUGGUAUUAUUUAAUAUCCCUCUCCUGUCGCCUCCAUGAUUGGCAGAGGGCAGAGCAAUUUGCAUCUCUUCAAGCUCACCCGUUCUUUUGGCCCUCGCUGCGACUCGUGGCUAUUCAUUCGCUCACCCUUAACCUCCUGACGUUCGUUAUUAGCACUUAAUAGUAAUAAUAUAGACAAGAUGCGUUUGUCCGCAGCUGCUCUCGGCCUUGCCGCCACCGCCGGUACUGCUGCCGCCGCUGCCGCCGCCAACUCGGGCAUCAAGGGCUUCAACUACGGCGCCUUCUUCCUCAAUCAGGCUGCGAAACAACAGGUGGACUUCGCCUACGAGUUCAACCGAGCCAAGAACCUUCCGGGAACCAGCGGCUGGUCGAGUGCUCGCCUGUACACUAUGGUGCAAUGGGGAACGGCCAGUGACGUGAUCAGCGCUAUCCCGGCGGCCAUCGAGACGAAGACUACCCUUCUCCUCGGCCUCUGGGUGUCGGGCGGCGACCAGGCCAUCACCAACGAGAUCACCGCCCUCAAGGCCGCCAUCAACAUCUACGGCAAGGCGUUCACGGACCUCGUCGUCGGCAUCUCGGUCGGCAGCGAGGACCUGUACCGGGACGCCAACAAGGAGAUCGGCGUCGGGCCGCAGAAGCUCAUCGAGUGCAUUACGAAGGUGCGCGCGGCGCUCCAGGGCACGGCGCUCCAGGGCAUGCCCAUCGGCCACGUGGACACGUACGACUCGUUCCUCAACGGCACGAACCGCGCGGUGCUCGACAACAUCGACUGGCUCGGCUUCGACGGCUACCCGUACUGGGAGCAGACCCAGGCGAACCACAUCGGCAACGCGCGCGAGCGCUUCUACGACGGCUUCAACAAGACGCUCGCGCUCGCCGGCAACAAGCCCGUCUACGUCACCGAGACCGGCUGGCCCGUCGUCGGCAAGACCGUCAACCAGGCCGUCGCGAGCGCCGAGAACGCGCGCAUCUACUGGCAGGACAUCGCCUGCAGCCUCGUCGCCCGCGGCGUCAACCUCUGGUGGUACAACCUCCAGGAGUCCCAGUGGGGUCAGGCCGACCCCGACUUCGGCAUCUAUCCCGCCGGCGACCUCGGCGUCGUCCAGCCGAGCUAUUCCCUCACCUGCGUAAGUCUCUAGGCUGUCCUCACCUCAGAUGGUGGUCCCUCGUCGCUAACCUACGUUGCCAGUGAUUGCUGUUUCCCGGGAAAAGGACACGGGAUCGGGCGAUACAGUAGGCACAGACGCCGUCGCCGCUCUCGCUCGCGGCCGUCGAGUGGAGUUCUGGGCGUUAGAUAGCCUUGCUGGGCAACUGGAGAGGGCGCGCUGGGAUAUGUAACUAUACGUAGACUUUUAGACUUAACGCACUUGACUAGAUGACACCGGGCCCCACGCGCCACUAGAAUUGAUAAUACACCGCCAGCUCCGCGCUGUACUAUGGACCCCUCU